AUGCUACUUCCUCGUCUCUGGCUGGCGUGCCUCACGCUGCUCGUGGCUGGGGCCGCUGCCGUCAAGGUCAAUCCCUUACCAGCUCCACGCAACAUCACCUGGGCUUCGUCGGGCCCUAAGCAGCUGGCCGGCUUCGUCAGUCUCCGUGCUUCCCAGGACACGUCUGAUUUUAUUCUGGCCACGACCGAAGGUCCCGUGCCAUCUUUUCAACCCUUCCCCACCGGUACGGCCGGGGUCGCUAGAAGGUCCUCGCAGGCACUGCCAUCGCUCCAAUUUGUCGAUGUGAAUGUGUUGGAUAUUGGCGCAGAUCUCCAGCAAGGGGUGGACGAGUCUUACACCCUCGAAGUCACCGAAAGUGCUACCUCGGUGGUCAUUGAGGCUCCCACCGUGUGGGGGGCGCUCCAUGCCUUUACCACUCUCCAGCAGCUGGUCAUCUCCGACGGACAGGGGGGCUUGUUGAUCGAGCAGCCCGUUAAGAUUCAGGAUGCCCCGCUCUAUCCCUACCGAGGAAUUAUGCUUGAUACUGGUCGAAACUUCAUCUCGGUCAACAAGAUUUACGAGCAGCUGGACGGCAUGUCCCUUUCAAAACUCAACGUUCUACACUGGCACAUGGAAGACACCCAAUCGUGGCCCAUAGAGAUAGAUGCCUAUCCAGAGAUGAUUCACGAUGCAUACUCCCCCCGCGAAGUGUUUUCGCACGCUGACAUGCGCAAUGUCGUGGCCUACGCGCGAGCGCGUGGCGUGCGGGUCAUCCCAGAGAUCGAUAUGCCCAGUCAUUCUGCUUCCGGGUGGAAGCAGGUCGACCCCCAGAUGGUGACCUGCGUGGACUCCUGGUGGUCCAAUGACGAUUAUUCCCUGCAUACCGCGGUAGAGCCUCCGCCCGGCCAGAUGGACAUUAUUUACAACGGCACGUACGAUGUCGUCUGACAGGUCUACAACGAGCUGUCCAACAUCUUCCCAGACAACUGGUUCCAUGUGGGGGCGGAUGAGAUCCAGCCUAACUGUUUUAACUUCAGUAGCUAUGUUACCGACUGGUUUACGCAGGAUCCGUCGCGCACCUAUAAUGACCUGGCCCAAUACUGGGUCGACCAUGCCGUGCCAAUUUUCCAGAACUACAGUGCCUCGCGGCGAUUGGUCAUGUGGGAAGAUAUUGUACUGUCAACAGAGCAUGCGCAUGAUGUCCCUACGAACAUCGUCAUGCAGACCUGGAACAACGGGCUGGACUACAUCAACCAGCUGACCGCCAAGGGCUACGACGUGAUUGUAUCAUCGGCGGAUUUUAUGUAUUUGGACUGCGGGAUGGGGGGCUUCCUAACGAAUGAUCCUCGCUACGAUGUAAUGAGUAAUCCUGAUGCAAGCACACCAAACUUCAACUACGGCGGCAACGGGGGCUCGUGGUGUGCGCCGUACAAGACAUGGCAGCGCAUCUACGACUACGACUUCACGCAGAACCUCACUGUUACCCAGGCCCAGCACAUUGUAGGAGCAGAGGCGCCGCUCUGGUCAGAGCAAGUGGAUGAUGUUACGGUAUCCAGUCAAUUUUGGCCGCGUGCCGCUGCGCUGGCAGAGCUGGUGUGGUCUGGGAAUCGUGAUGAGAACGGGCGGAAACGCACGACGCUGAUGACCCAGCGCAUCCUGAACUUCCGCGAGUAUCUGGUGGCCAACGGGGCUCAAGCGCAAGCGUUGGUUCCUAAGUACUGUGUGCAGCAUCCGCAUACCUGCGACUUGUAUCUAAACCAGAGUGCGAUUCAGUAA